CUUUUUGGAAUCAAUUAUUAACACAACAGAGAACAUCAAAUUCUCAUAAACAAUUUCUUGGUUGUUCGGAGAAUCUGCACAUUCUUGAAAAACAUUUAAAUUUUCUUUCUAACGAUACAAAAGAAUAUUAUGUUUUUUCUGAAAACAUGUUUCAAUUUUUUCCAAAUACUGAUGUAGUGCUUGAACUUGUUACUAAUAAUUACGAGAAUUUUAAAGAUGAUCCAGAUAUUGUUACUUCGCUCAUUUACAAUAGUUUCACGGAAGAAGAAUUUAACAAGAUAAAAGCAUUUGCUGAACAACAUAAUAAAUAUUACGAAGAAGAUUUAACAAGAAGGAAAAUAAAAUUGGAAGAACUGAGAAAUAAUUUGCCGAAAUUCCUAGAUGCUUUGAAAAAUAAACAAUCCAUCUUAAAAUAAAUAAUCCAACGACUUAAGCAACGAUACAUCAUAAUAGGAUUUGAUCCACGUAUAAUAAAAUAAAUAAAUAUACAAAUUGUGAAUGUAUAAGAAGGAAUAAAGUUAUUCCAAUAUAUAUUAUU